CAUAACAAAGGGGCCACAAAUCAGAAUGGCAACAACCAUUCAGGUCAUAUUACAUGUGAAUGUGGCGCCAAGCGCCUUCUCGAUAUUGCCCCAGCUGUUGUAACCAUCACGUCGUCUAGUACUGGCAACAGCAUUUUACAGCAGCAGCAGCAGCAACAGGUUAGCGGGUCAGCUCCAAUCACUUCGACACAACGCGCGCAGACCACCAACUUUUACUCUUCCCAGCAAGUCCGGGACCAAGGCACACCAAAGCGCCAGCGAACGAUGCAAGAGCAGCCUAUGGGGAUGAUAGACUCGCAGACGGCGCGCGAGUUCUUCGAGCAGAUGCGUCUAUCGUUGGCUCAGGACCGCGAGGAAAGGCGCCAGCAGCAUACCGAACAAAUGAGUGCAUUGCGCGAAAUCGCAUCUUUGCUAAAACAGAGGAGGUGAGGGCGCACACGUUGAUGGUAACUCGAUGCUGUCAGGUUCUAUUUGGCUUGAGAUUGCAAGUGAAAGUAAAGACAAGGGGAGUAGUACAGUACACUACACGUUGCUUGUGAUACCCCAACGUUUGUCCCUCAACUGGACUCAAAUGAACUUGCGCAAUAAAAUAUCGAAGUCGGCUCAAGCAUUGCUUGCCAUGAUUGAAGCGCG